GGAGGACUCAAUUGGAUACUGAAGGUUGUGGUGGGGGUUCGAUGUCUCUUCUCUCUUUAUAUAGGACUCUAGGCUGGAUCAUCAUGCAGACACUGGCGGUUUGACACCAAGCGCUGAUUGGUGAAAAACAGGUAGUGGGGGUAAAUAGCAGGUAAAUGGCGCUAAAGGAACGGCAUUGUCAUGAGGAUUGAAUUUUUCAUAGUUUUUCGGCGCUUAAGCGCUGAAGUAUAUUUAUUUAACAUGUUCAUCUGUUACCGAAACAUGUUUUUUGUAAUCGUUGAUUGCAUCACAAUCGGUAAAGUAUUCGAGUUUCUACAUUUAGUUUUGCGUUUCUACAUAAAAUACAAUAAUAUCUUUUCUUGUAAAUUGCGUCUAGCACGUGUCAAUAACCUUGAGCUAGUUUUGAAGAUUUAUAAUAAAAAUUAUAUACACACCAAAGAGAGAGAUCGCCUACAGAAGGUAAGUUAAUUGAUCAAUUAAUUUUAAAAACGCAACUAUUAAAAUGGAAUUGUAUGUAAUUAAAAGCUUAUCUUGUUUACGGUUUGACAAUAAUCUAAUUUAAAACGCUCAAUUUAUUUUUUAGGCAGUCAAACAGUUCCCAUGCGGCACAAAUAAAAGUUUGCAAAAAUAUUGUUGCAUGUGGCUGCAAUUAUUAUUCGUAUAGACUGUUGUGCUCGCACUAGUCAAGAAAUUUGAGCUAUUGACCUAGUUUACAUCGUGCACUUGGUACGCGUAUUAAGCACUAUAUUCGUAUCAAAUUCGUACUAAAUUUUAGUACUCACGAUGUAAACGCUGCCGGAUCAAAUUGGUACGAACGUAUCAAGCAGAAGUAUCGUACCAAACUGAUACGCGUACCAAAUGAUACAAAUGACGAUGUAAACACUUGAAACGUAUUUUGCAGGGGAUUGAUUCUAACCUUAAUUGACCGGUCUUAGUAGCUUAGUAGUCUGAUAAAUAAACGAUAACAUAUCUUUGAAAAAAUGUCUUGCAAAAAAGGACUAAACUGGGGAGAAGAAGAAACAAGAAUUUUUUUAGAAUUGUGUACAGAAAAACAAAUUAUUUUAUUAAUGGACGGGAAAAAGCACAAACAUGUAGAUAUUUUUCAAUCUUUAGUGGAAGAUAUGGAAAAGAAGGGUUUUUGUAAAACAGCCCAACAAAUGAAAUUAAAAUUGAAAAAUUUAAAACUUGCUUAUUAUAAAUGUAGAAGAGACAAUAAUGUUAGUGGUGCAGCCAAAACAACCUGUCCAUUCUAUGAACAAUUAGAUAUUUUAUAUAGUACAUGGCUAAAUGUGCAAGUUCUUAAUGAUUCCUCGGGAAUCGACAUUGCAGAUGUGCAAAAUGAAUCAUUGUAUGAAAAUACAGAGGAUUGUGCAACUGUGAAUGAUAGUGAGGUCCCAGAAGAAAGCGAGUCUAGUUCAACCAUCAGCAAUGAACCUCCUAGAAAGAAACAUAGAUUUAACAAGCUUCCAGGCAGAAAAAGCUAUGAAACGAUUCUAAACAGCGGGUGAUACUCUUUUGGACACAGCACGAUUGGACACCAACCAAUCAUCUUGACUUAUCUAACCAAACCAACGGAAAAACUCUAGGCAUCGGCCGCUGUGAGUGGUGGUGUCCAAUCAUGCGCACCCCCUAAACAGCUAUACAGAGAAUAUGAUGCAAUCACAACAACAACUUUUAACGGAUAUUAUUAUAAAACAGAAUAACAUGCAGAAAAAGAUGAUAAAAGAUGAAAUGGAAAAUCAAAGAUUAUGGAAGAAAGAAAUAAUAGAAAAAAAGCAUGCAUUUCAAAAAGAACAGAUGCACUUCUUUAUACAAGCAAUGCAAGCAAUAAGUUCUCCAAAUUAUGGGACGUCGCAAAAUUUUUUGCCUCAAAAUUAUGGAAUGUUAACAAACUAUAGGCUACCACAAAACGUCAAAAUUAUUCCGGUAUAUUUAUAGUAAAAUUAUUCUUGUGUCAAGCGUGAUUUACAUAAGCCGCAAACUUAACGAAUUUAAUUGUAAAGAUUGAGAAGCGGAUUGAUUAAUUCUGUUAAAUCUGACAAAAUUGAUCAUUUUUCUUCUGAAUAUACUUAAUAGUUCAAAUCAUUAAAUUUUUGGAUACGACUUAUAUAAACUACACUUUACAAUGGGAGGGUCCCAGAUGCGCACAGACCCGAUCGGACACUACCAAUCACGUAAUCUAAUCUAACCCAACCAACGGAAAUACUCUAGGCAUCGGCCGCUAUAAUUGGUGGUGUCCAAUUAGGUCUGUGCGUAUCUGGGACCCUCCCUUUACAAUUAUAGCAAUAUACAUACGAGGUGUGAUCAAAAAGGAGAAGGUACAAUCAAAGCGGCUGGUGCUUAAUGAUAUUUUUCUGUUCAAGCGCUGAGUGGUUGUGAGUGGUUUGUGUGCAAUAGUACUGUGCGCUAUCAGUACCUUCCCAUUAAAAAGUAAGGU